CCGCUCCACAAAACACUGUGACAGUGUGACAAUUAUGUUCAAGAAAUUCACUAGAAGGAAAGUUCGUGAUGAAGUCAGCAAUCAUAAAAUCACAAUAGUGAUUCCACUAUACAUAUACCCAAGCAUACAAGAAGGAUCUGAAUGGCACAGACUUGCACAAAGCUCAUCAAAAGUGGACAUAGUAGCAAUAAUAAACCCAAACUCGGGCCCCGGUGAUGCUCUCAAUUCUGAUUAUGUGGCCGGUGUGGCUAUGCUGAGGGAUGCAGGAAUAGAGAUUUUCGGCUAUGUGCACACACAGUAUGGACAGCGCGACAAAGACCUGGUCAGCUCAGAAAUCAAAGCUUUUUCUGAAUGGUAUGCAGUCGACGGUAUCUUUCUAGACGAGGGAUCCUCGGAGCACCAUAUUGUAUCAUAUUAUAAUAGUCUCAACACAUACAUCAAGGAAUUUCAUGUGCCUGACAGCCCGCGGAUGAAGUCUGUCAUAUUAAAUACUGGCGUUGAACCGCACGACAGCUACUACGAUGCAUGUGAUAACCUGGUAACGUGUGAAAACUACUGGAAGGAUUUUCAACAAGCGCAUCUUUCUGGUGCGCGAGAGAAAUCACUCGCACUGCUACACACUUGCCCUACGGCAAAAGAUAUGACAAAAGCGGUAAAAAAAGCGGCUGCUUCAGAGGUAUGGUUUUAAACAAGUGCACAUUGACGAUUCCAAUUACAUCAACAAUUCAAUAGGCCCAUGCAGUUACUUGCAUCGACAAUUGAGCAGGCCCAUGCAGUUCCUGUUUAACAUAUAUAGAUAAAAACAAGAAGCACAGUCUCGAUAUAUUUUUCAUAAGACAAACGCAUCGAGAAUACUAUAUAAAAGGCUUCGAUCAUGUCAGUUAUCACGAAAUACCAUUUUGUAAGCAAAAGCAUCGUGUUCAUUUAUAGUUCAAAGGUACACUCACAGUGCGCCGCAAGUUUAGUGAUGUAUUUGUGCGCGCACAUGCACGUUGGUUACACACCCCGAUAUACCCACGGCUUGUCUCGUAGUUCGUUCACGUUUUCGUGUCCAAUUCAAGAUCUUGUCAGCUGUGAAGAAAUCAGUUUUACUUGCGCUCUCUCUCAUCCAAUGAUGUACCUGUCACUUGCAUCACAGUUUGUUGGAAUAUUUGUGACCGAUUUGGGUAUGCCCAACCCGUGGUGUGCGCUCCCUUCGUAUUGGGAUGAAGAAGUGGAGUUAAUUGCGAGUCUCAGCAAACCAAAGUAAUCUUAAAUUUAAUACACAUCAUAGGCCCCAGUGUUGAUUGCCAACAAAGUAAAAGUUCAAAUUCUAGGCAGUUAAGGCUUAUGGGACCUCGGUAUGCAUAAUUGAUAAAAUUGAAGUCUGUUCGCUGAAGUUUGCUAUAGCUACUACUCACG